UGAUUUCCGCCAAACAGUUCAAGUCGAGUUCAACAGCUGUUUGUGUAAAUGAAUAUGUUAAACGUAGUUGAACGAAUGUGAUUUGAGUUUAUAAAAUAAUAGGAGUAACAAUUUGUAGGCAUUUAAUCUGUGUGAUUAUUUUCAAUUGUUUUUAAUUGGGAUUUUGUCCAAACGACAUAUCUUGACUAUUGAGGAACCUCUCUUGAAUUAUUAAAAUUGGACAAGAUGGAACCAGUGAGUGACAUCGGGACAAUCGCUUCUAAAAAGAUUAGAAAACCUUUGCAAAUAUUGCAACCAACAGCCACUAACAAGGAAACAUUAGUUGGUACCGAUAGGAUUUUUAAUUCUAUCCAACCUAAAAGGAAAAUAAAAAAGAAUAUGACCAAAAUGACAAAGAAAAAUACUCCCAAAAUUACAACCGAAAACAAAGCUAUCCAGACUACACACAAAGAAAAAAUAAAAAUUGAAGCCAAUGAUUUAACAUCAGACAAUCCUAGUGAAAACUACUGGCAAGUCUUGGCUGAAAGGCGAAGAAAGGUACUUGUAGAUACUUUAGAGGAAAAUAAAAAUCUCCACCAACGCAUUGUAAAGUUAGAAGAAGAAAAUCGUAUAUAUAAAGAGAUGUUGGAUGAGACAAGAACAUUGAUUGAAGUACUACAGGAGGAAAUCAAUGAUAGAAAUGACGUAAAUAACUUUUAGAUGACAAUGCUUUUUAAUUUUCUUAAUCAUAAGAGCUCCUUGACUUUCUUAAUUAAAAAUCAAAAGAGAAUGAUAUACUUUAAUAAUUUUGUAUUGAUAAUAAUUUAUUAAAAGUAUUAACUUUUAUAUAGCAUUUAUUAAAAAUAUUAAUU